UUUUCAGCCAAUAAGCUGGAAGUCUGAAUGUUGAGCGCUGGUAUGUAUUUGGUGAGCUGUCCACUCUCUCAGGGGCUUCUUGUACUCGUAUAAAUGUAGCCUCUGUGUGAGCUGACUGCUUUCUCACAGUAGCCAUGGCCUUUCCUCACUUGUUUCUUGCCUUCUUGGUGUCUUGCACCCUGCUUCAUCAUGGAUGUGCUCGUCCUUCCCGCUCCAGGAAAGCUGCUGCAGGUCAAGAAGAUGACGAUAUGAAGGCACAAAUUGAUAAACUAUGGCAGGAGGUGAACUCCUUGAAGGAGAUGCAAGCCCUGCAAACAGUUUGUCUUCGUGGUAUCAAAGCUCACAAGAAGUGUUACCUGGUCGUUGAAGAACCCAAGCAUUAUCAUCAGGCCAAUGAGGACUGCAUUGCUCAAGGUGGAACCUUGGCCACACCCCGAAACCUGAGGGAAAACAACGACCUACGAGCCUACGCCAGACUCAGCUCCCCAGGCACCAAAGACUUCUGGAUAGGUGUGACUGAUAUUGUUAAAGAAGGCCAGUACGUCGAUGUCAACAGCAUGCCCGUCACCUACUUCAACUGGGAUCGUGCCAAGAAGGAGCCGACAGGAGGAAAACGAGAGAGCUGUGCUGUGCUCUCGCUCUCGGCACAGGGCAAGUGGCAUGACGAGGUGUGUCGCACUGAGAAGAGAUACAUAUGUGAAUACCUCAUUCCUUAAUAUGAAGUUAAUAUUCAACGCGCUAUGCGUGAUGACGGUGUCAUCACUGAUGCUGGUUAUUAAUGCUGUCUAAGGAUGCAACAUCAUGUUCCACAUAUUUGCUGUAGCAUUAAACGUCUGGUCUGAGACUGACUGCGGUCUGUGCAAAAUCACAUCUUUAUUAUCUAUAUUAUUGUUUUUCAAUAUUUAGAGUAACAUACACAAGGUUGUAACAGGAAUACAGUCUUAACAGUACAUAUCUUCUUUGCAAAAUUG